AAACAGUCAUUAUGCUUCGCUCGUGCAUUCUCGCGGUACUGAUCGUUUUGGCCGGUUCGAUCCGGGUCCAGGAAUCGAAUAAGGAUUGGUACAAGAACAGUCUCGUGUACCAGGUCUAUCCGAGAAGUUUCAAGGACAGUGACGGAGACGGCGUUGGCGAUUUGCCAGGCAUCACGAGCAAAUUGGAACACAUCGCGGACAUCGGCGCCGAUGCGCUAUGGAUGUCACCGAUCUUUAGUAGCCCGCAGGAUGAUUUCGGCUACGACAUUUCUAAUUUUACUGAAAUCCAUGAGGAGUACGGCACUCUAGACGACUUUGACGACCUCGUGGCGAAGGCAAAGUCUCUCGGGCUGAAAGUAAUCCUUGAUUUCGUGCCGAAUCACAGCUCUGAUGAGCACCAAUGGUUCCUCGAUAGUAUCGAAAAGAUCCCACCUUACGACGAAUAUUACGUCUGGCGUGAUAAGCGAAAAGAUGAAAACGGAGAGAGAAUACCACCGAACAACUGGUUGAGCGCUUUCGGAGGCUCUGCCUGGAAAUGGAAUGAAAAACGAGGACAGUAUUACUUGCAUCAGUUCGCUGAUGGACAGCCGGAUCUCAAUUAUCAUAACGAUAAACUACGGGAAGAAAUGAAAGACGUGCUGACUUUUUGGAUGGACCGGGGCGUGGAGGGCUUUCGCAUUGAUGCUAUCAAUCAUAUGUACGAGGAUCCCGAAUUGCGGGACGAACCAAUAAGUAAUCCUGAGUUAGAUCCCAAUGACUAUGACUACUUGGACCACAUUUACACGAAAAAUCGUCCCGAAACUUACGACGUUCUCAAAACUUGGAGGGAAUUGAUGGACAGUCACUCGGAGACCGCUGACACGAAAAUGAUCCUGACCGAGGCUUAUGCGGACUUGGAUCUCACUAUAAAGUACUAUCAGUCGGGUUCGACGGUGCCGUUCAACUUCGUGUUCAUCGCAGACUUGAACGACAAGUCCAGCGCGUCAGAUUUCAAGCGCUAUAUCGAUCGUUGGAUGAACAAUAUACCCGAAGGUGAAUAUGUUGCGAACUGGGUAGUGGGCAACCAUGACAAUCAUCGCGCGGCUACGAGAUUCGGCGAAAAACGGGCCGAUCAACUUAACAUGCUGGCGAUCGUUCUACCCGGCGUGAGCGUGAUUUACAAUGGCGAUGAGAUCGGUAUGCUCGAUAGACGUUUUACGUACGAGGAAACCAAGGAUCCUGCCGGACGUAAUGCUGGACCCGACAGAUAUUGCUACAAGUCGCGAGAUCCGGAAAGAACGCCUUUUCAAUGGGACGAUACCACCAGCGCUGGCUUUUCUACGAACGAAACAACGUGGCUUCCGGUGAACGACAAUUACAAGGAUUUGAAUUUGGCAAAGCAACAAAAGGAAUUUCUCUCUCAUUACAACGUAUUUAAACACAUGGGGCAACUAAAGAAAAAGCCUGUCAUCGAGCAAGGCUCCCUGGAGACUGCGUUGUACUGUUAUAAAUGCAGUUUCACAGAGAAUGUUUUAGGGGUGGUACGACGACAAGGAUCAUCCGUCGUAGCGGUCCUAGUGAACUUCGACGACACUAACAUCCCCGUCGUCAACGUUAGGACCUGGUUGAAUAUUUCGGAACAGUUGAAAGUCUAUACAUCUAGCGUGGAGUCCGUUCCUCCAGGAACGGAAAUUAAUAAUGAUGCCGUGUAUCUACCCGGUGCGGCCUCUAUUGUAGUAGCCACACUAGAUAUCUUUGAGUAAUUUUCUGCUUAUCUCGUAUUAUCCUAACGGAUAAUUCUUCAGUAAAGUGAACUUUCGAACAUACGUCUAUAGACGUAAGCUAGACAGUUUCUACAGGCAGAUCGUCUUACAUAAAUGUGAGAAUAAAUAUUCGAAGGAAAUGUAUCAUGUAAUAGGAAACAAAAGUAAAUUUGGAGUCACCGUGUUACUAUUAUUUGCAACGAACAUCAUUACGAUAGCACUUCAAAUCGAAGUAAUUAGUGCUGAUUUAUGUAUCUACAAGAUAUGUGUUUUUGUUUGACAGAAUAAAUUUUACUUCGGCCAGAAUAAAAA